GCUUCUGUGACAUAACCAAGAACAGAGAGCAAUCGACACCUUCGUGCUUCUCUUUCCUCCUCUCUGAUCAGUGAUCACCCCUUCUAGGCUUGGCUUUUCUUCCAGACGGAUCUCCUUGCUUAGUUGAACUUCACACAGCUUGGAGUCUCGAACCAACAUGGCCGCUGGCUACUACUAUCACCAGCAUAACAGGCAGUCUGGGUUCCUUGGUGCUCCUUACUCGUCCACUGUAGGUCUUCCACCUCUCCCACUCCUGUUCUUCUCCUUCAUACUGGUUCUAUUCCUCUCUCUCUCCUGGUAUAUGAGCUAUGAGUCCGCCUUCGAGGGGCUGAUCGAUCAGAUCAAGAUGGUGCUGAUGGUCUCCCCCUUGGUGCUGCUCCUGGUGGUUCAGUGGCUCUCUGGUGCAGAGAGGAGGUGGCUGCCUUACGUGUUUCCGCUGCCGGAGAGGGACUCCAUUCACCGAGCCGGCAGCUCUCCUUGGGGAGUUGCCGUGCUCUUGGUGGUGCUCAUGUUCAUGAUCUCUUAUCAGUCGUACUUCCACGAGCGUUGGUUUCCUCUGUUGAGCAGGGCAUGAGCGGGAGUGGCUUGUUCUUGUAUAGAGGAGUCUUUGAUGUAAAUGGAUGUGAUGUUGUGAUUCCUCGGCUGAGUUUUAUGAUGCCCAGGCUUUUGUAAUAAAUGAUCUUCUUUUUCA